AUGCCCAACUAUAUUUUGAGGGAUUUGGCGUGCAGAAAUUGUUUGAUUGAUACUCAAAAAAACAUAGUCAAGAUAACGGACUUUGGCUUGUCGAAGCAGGCAGACUCUUACAAAAUACAGGCAAAUGAGAAAAUCCCAACAAAGUGGCAAGCCCCAGAAGUUGUUAGAACACACAUAUACACUCGUGAAUGUGAUGUCUACUCGUACGGUAUUCUUGUUUGGGAAAUCUUCAAUGACGCUAAAAUGCCUUUUGCGGACUACGAUAACAAAACUGUGAGAGCUCGCCUCUCUGAUCCUACUUUCCGGCCGCCUCUUUCCGAUGAUCUUCCGGACGAGAUUCGCAUAGUUGUCACAGCAUGCUGGGCAGCUCAGCCUUUGAAUCGACCUGUAAUGAAGGAUGUCGCUUGUAUUCUAAAACGUUUUGAGAAACACAAUGUACCUGAACGAGCCGUGAGAAAGCCUGCUCCGUCCACUCCAGCGCCUCGGCCUGCAUCACCCCAGUCUCCCAUUGUUCGUAGUGCAGCUCCUGGCCCUAGACGAACUCCGCCUCCCGUCGUUCGCAAUACACCUGCUGGACCCGUGGUCAUGGCGAAGAUAGAAAAACCGAUGGCUAUAAUGUCGAGAGAAAGGAAAAAUGCCGCUAUAAAACCAAUCAUGGUAAACUUUAAAAAGUCGCGAUUUUCUAUAAGGUGA